AACAUGCAUUCAUCCUUGCUCUGCCAAAUCUCACUCAGCUCUCUCCCCCACUCUCCCAAUCUCACUCUCCUCUCCUCGUUCUAACUUGUAACUAUGAAUCGUAACUAAACAAACUAUACCUGUAUAUCUCUAAUAAAGCCCAAACUAUAGUCACUUUGAAAGUUUUAAACAUACAACAUAAUCAUUAUUUUAGCUCAAGAUAUUUGGGCUAUUGAGUAGCUGAGGCCAGAGUGGAUGUUUUACGUUCACCAAAUAUACCCAUCACCAGAAAGGAAUCAACCCAACCAACAUUCAGCCUAAAACAUUGGUGCCGAUAACAUCAUAAUCCAAAAAUGGCUAACCGUUUUGGUGUCAAGUUACAGAGCCGGCUGCCAAAUUUGGCUGGCAUUUACCCAUUUUCAGUACCAAUAAAAACUCCCACUUCAGUUCCAUGUUCUGCAGAGACUCAAAAGUCAAGAGUUGUUGGUAAGAAGAAGAGGAGAGCUUUUGGGUGCAGGAAUAUUCAUCGUAGAGUAUUACUAGGAAUUGGGGUAUCUUUGUGGUCUCAGUUCUUGAGCAUGGCUGGCAAUGUAGGUUCUAAAUCCUUCAUGGCUUCUGCAAGACAGAAGGGUGAAAUUGAGCAGGUUUUGAAGAAUGUUGAAUGGCCAAAACAAUUUCCUUUCAAGGAUGAGGAUUUCCAGCGGUUUGAUGAAUCAUCAGAUACAUUAUUCUAUGAAAUGCCACGUUUCGUGACACAUAUUGAUGAUCAAGCCAUUUCUGCACUUACCAAGUAUUACUCAGAGGUCUUGCCUUCUAGAAACACUCCAGGAGUAGCAAUACUUGAUAUGUGCAGUAGCUGGGUAAGUCAUUACCCUUCUGGGUACAAGCAAGAAAGGAUGGUUGGAAUGGGUAUGAAUGAAGAAGAGCUUAAGCGAAAUCCAGUUCUAACGGAGUAUGUAGUUCAAGACUUGAACAAUAAUCCUAAGCUCCCAUAUGAAGAUAAUACCUUUGAUGUCAUAACCAAUGUGGUUAGUGUUGAUUAUUUAACAAAGCCUCUUGAUGUUUUCAAAGAAAUGUCUCGUGUUCUUAAGCCUGGUGGUCUUGCAAUUAUGAGACUCUGCCUGUAUACCAGUUUCUCGAACCGCUGCUUUUGGACAAAGGCUAUCUCGAUAUGGACAUCAACUGGAAAUGCUGAUCAUGUUAUGAUAGUUGGGUCUUAUUUCCAUUAUGCUGGAGGAUUUGAACCUCCACAGGCUGUGGAUAUAUCUCCAAACCCUGGGCGCUCAGACCCCAUGUAUAUAGUGUAUUCCAGGAAGAUAGCGACAGCAUAAAUUCAACUAUUGUUCUACUGCAUUAAGCUCUUCUGUUUCAGCUAUAGAGUUUUCUUGUGCCAUUGAUCAAGAAUGUAUUUGUUUCUGUAUCUCUAUCUCUCCUGAUCUGAGAGAAAAUGUAUUUGUUCAUCGUGAAAUUGGUCCAUUGGUACAGUUGAAUUUCUAGGGGUUCAAGAACAUGUAUUACGAUUUAACCUUAUUUUAA